GUUUCGGAGCCUACGUGUUCUUCGGCGCCGAGCAGGACGCCGAGAUGGAGGCAAAUCUCAUCAGGGACGAGACCUCGCGCCUGGAGCUGGAGACGACGCUCAACAAUAAGCCAGUGAUCAAGAAUCGACCGAAGCUUCCGAAGAAACAGCUCGAGAAGACGAUGUACCUGGAGGUGGAGAAAUCCAUCGAGAGGCGAGAGCAAGUCCAUCAUGUGAAACUACCGAGCUGGCCAACCCUGGAGAAGCUAGACGACUGGAUCCUCAUGAGUGUGAAGCAGAGCUCCUCCAAGGGCUUCGGUAUUCUGGACAUCGGCGCGACCUCCAGCAUCAUGGGCAUCGAGGCUGCCGAGAAUCUACGCGAUAUCAUCUAUGAGCAGACGGGCAAAAACAUCAAGAUGGACGUUAGCCAGAAGAGUACCUUUAUCUUUGGAGAUGGCAACGCCAAGACCUGCACCGGCAAGGCAACCUUCCCUCUUAUGAUCGCCGGUGUGGACGGCGAGCUCGAGAUAAACAUCCUCGACGCAGAUGCCCCGCUCUUGAUCGGAGUGGAUGUUUUGAGCCGCCUAGGAGCUGUGACCGACUGCGAGGCGCAUUCUGUCUACUUCAAGAAGCUCGGGCGCCGAGCCGAACUGCUCGUCCUUCCGAGCGGCCCCAGGUACAUCAUCAUCAUUUACGAGUACGGGGGCACCAUCACCAAUUACGCCUACAGCAACAUCAUCAUCAUUUACAAGUACGGGGACAUCAUCAAUUACGUCGGGGACAUCAUCACUUACGUCAGGGACAUCAUCCGUAUCAGCCCCGACUCCAUCACCUACGGCAUUAUCGGAGUUAUCUCCAGAGCCCUGAGCUCCGACAACAUCCAGUUUGUCCUACAUAUUCGCAUGAGCCUCAACCGCGAGGCGAAAUGUCGCAAAGCAGAGAGCCAGCAGAUCAAGCUGGAGAACGAGGAGAUGGAUGGCCCAUGGGAGCAGGUGGAUGUUCGGGCCCCGCUACUGGACUCGGGAUCAUCGGCGACGACCUUCACGUCGACGCCGGCAAGGCCUACACUACAACGGAUGCAGCCGCAGGGGCGACUGAUCGCUCAUCAGGACGUGAGGGGUCACAUCUUCUACACGAUCGAGGGCUCGGAGCUGGACAACAGCAUGAAGCGGAUGACGGACACCUUCCUGCAGGAGCACCUACCGAACUGGGAGAUGUGGUCCAGCAAGCUCCUCCAGCAGUGGACGCAGUGCCGUCGCUGGGGACGAAUCAUCCAGAAGGUCUUCAUCAAGACGAUCGACCGUGUGAACUGGAAGCUGGACAGCCUCGGACUACCUGUGCAGUUGCUACCCGAGAGGUACCCGACCUGGCCGGCGGACAUCGAGCAUCGUGCGAAGAUCGAGCCGUGCCAGCCGUGCACGGAGCCGAAGCAGCGCCCCCUGUCCCAGAAGUCAGCAGCCUCAGCAGCCGCGCGCGCGCAGAAUCAAGAGCUGCGAGCCACCAUCGAGACCGCAAAGUCAGAUUUCUUGACCAAGUUUGCGGAGGUGGAUGCGUUUGCAGCGCUGAGCUCGGAGCAGAUCCACGAGCAGCUCAGCAUGGUCACGUUGGUCAACCAUCUCAAGCCGCUGUGCAAGAUGUGGGGACUGACCCAGACUGGCAAGAAGGAGGAGGUGAUCGACAAGAUCAUCGCGUACAUCAUCGAGCAGCGCGGCACGGCGGCAGCGACUAUCAAGAUCAAGAAGGAGACGGAUACCAAGAAGAUGGAGACGACGGCCAUGCCCGUGGGCCCGGCGAUCUCAGCUCACUACACUCAGAUGUGCCAGCACCCGGACUGCAAGCUACGCCGAUGCAUCGCCAAGAACGAGCCGAUCGUGAAGGUGAGGCUCUACGGUUGGUGCCACCAGGCGUGUGCGGUCAAGACGAAGGACUCGAAUAUCGGGAAGGUGUGCGACGAGAAGGGCUACCACUACGAGCGGCUCGGCCUCUUCAACGAGAACGACCUCAGCAAGCCGCAGGGCUACCACAAGGCGAAGUUCCUGCUAGACGAGAAGCGCCCGGAGCUCUUCGUCAGUACACCACCCUGCGGUCCAUGGUCGAUAAUGCAGAACGUCAACCAGCGCAACGAUCAACAGAAGGAGAACCUUCGCAGGAAGCGGCUCAAGAGCCAGCGGAUCUUCGAGAACAACAAGAGGCUCAUCGAGCACCAGGUGCUCCACCUGAACGGCUCGGCCCUCGCCGAGCAGCCCCACAACAGUCGGUCGUGGCAGAAGACCUGCUGGAAGGAUCUCCACAAGAUCCUACCGUGCGAGGUGAUCGUGGAUGGCUGCGCCUGCGGACUACGAGCCCCUGACACGGGCGAGCUCAUGAAGAAGCGCUGGAAGUUCCUGACGAAUGACAGGAGGAUCUGGGUAGCCCUACAACCUCUACAGUGCCGUGGAGGACACUACCACGAGGAGAUAGAGAGCAGCUUGAGGACCGAGGCCUCGGGCUCCUACCCCAAGAUGCUGUGCCGCCGGAUCCUCAGGGCUCUGACCAAGAGCCAGAACCAGAACUACUUCGAGGACGAGGUUGUGAACUGCCUCUGCAUGGCAGCUACCCAGCAGCCACCGACAGAGCCUACGCCAGAGGAGGACGAGCCGUCUCUUCCACCACAAGACGGCAAGGAAGCGCACAACCUCACCAACGAGACGGUCAAGAAGCUCGAGAGCUACAUCAGAUUGGUGCUUUUCGACGCUUUCUCGUGGAUCCGUCGCAGCACGAACACGAACGUGAUGGCGCUGGCGAUACUCGACGCCGGCUCGGACACCCUCUACGUGCGGCUGAUCGACGAGAAGCCGAUCCCGGGUACGACUCGACAAGUUCGUGCCGGCGACCUUCGGCAUAUCUUUGCUACAAAAUGGUUCCCCUGGAUGGGACGCCCGAAGGUCAUGCGCUAUGACCCUGCCGGCAGCGCCAUCUCCGACGAGUUCCGCGAGUGGAUCGAGGGCCAGGGAGUCUACUGUCUCCCAUGCGCGGCCGACGCCCACUGGCAGAUCGGCAAGAUCGAGCGCGCCAUUGAAGCCUUCAAGGAGGCCCUCGACGCUUUCGACGAGAUGGUCUCAGCCGAAGUACCCACCAGCGAGAUGCUCGGACUCCAGACAGCGGCCAGGAACGACCUGAUCAGGAUCGACGGGUUCAGCCCGCUGCAGCGCUACGCGGGACGGACGCCGACUGGGACGACAGUCAACCUGUCGGACGAGCCAAACAACCUGCCGCUCAUCAGUGCCGAGCUGCAGGACGGUACCUUCAGCAGGGACGCCCAGGUACGACGGAUGGCGCGGCUGGCUCACAUCCAGACCGAGAACUCUGACCGAGUUAAGCGAGCGGAGGCCGCGCGCUUCAGGUCCUUCAAGAAGUACGAGACGGGCGAUAUGGUUUUCGUCUACAGGCGGCUCCCACCAGGGGACGCUGGUACGGACCUGGACGAGUACUUUGUCACGAGCCAGCGAGCUCGGGACACCGACCUGCCGGGGACCUGGACCUUCGGCGAUGUCCAGAAGCAGCUCGACACUAACGAGGUGAUCGACUUGUCGAACGAGUCCCCGCCCACUGGCGAGGAGACCCUCGUAGUCUUGACCCAGGAGGCGGCGGAGGUGGUGGAGCCUUGGCGGCACCACCCGGACUGGAAGAGCGACCUCUACCUGGACCGCGACCUCCCAAGCAUUCCACAGGAAGACGGCCACGAAGCUGGACUACCCGAAGAAGCUGAGCAGCCCAUCGAGGAGGAGAUCGUCAUGGAAGCCCCUCCCGGCGACGACCAGGAGGAGCGCGCGUCGCAGCGGCCCAUCGAGGUGGAGACUGACGAUGACCUCGACGAUAUCUCGGCGCCCGACGUGAACGAUAAGCGCCGGAUCCGAGAGCCCGGCUCAACCGAGCCCCCGGCUAAGAAGCAGCGGGUCAACGCUGCGACCCAGGAGGCCUUCUCCUACUACCUGCAAGAGGGUAACUUCUACAGCGACUAUGCCUACAGUGUCCAGCAGUACGACGAUAUGAAGGAGAACGACGAACUCAUCGUGCUGGACAUCCCUGUCAGCAACGAGCAUGCGUUCAUGGCCUACAUGGACGACCCCAGCAACUUCGUGGCAUCGCAGGCCCGCAAGGGCCGAGUGGAGGUCUCAUUUAAGAAGGCGACGCCUGAGGAGAAGAAGCUGCUACUCGAGGCCCAGCAGAAGGAGUGCACCUCAGUCCUCAGCACGAAGGCCGUCAGGAUCCUCAGCCGACAGGGGAUCGACCCGGCGCGCCUGCUGCGCUGCCGCUUCGUGCUGACCUGGAAGAAGGAUGACCAGGGGAACGUGCUACGAGGCAAAGCCAGACUGGUCGUGCUCGGCUUCAGCGACCCCGACCUGCUGCACCUGCGGACGCUGCAGCUGGAGGUGAUACAGUGCGAGCCGUGCGUCUGGGUCAUUCGAGACGGCACGAAGCUGGUCGGCAUGGUUAUCCUACACGUCGACGACAUGAUGAUCGCCGGCGACCAUCACAACUCGGCCUUCCUCAAGAAACGACAGGAGAUACAACAGGCCUUCGAGUGGACACCUUGGGAGAGCCGAGCGUUUGUGCAGUGCGGCAUCAGUAUUCGACAGAAUGAGGACUACACCUGCAGUCUCGCACAGGACAGCUACAGCCUGAACGUGGAGCCCAUCAAGAUACGACGUGGACGCAAGCCCACGGAAGGAGUUUCAGACAAGGAGAGAUCAGAUCUACGAGGCCGACUUGGUACAGUCGGAUGGCGAGCUCAGCAGUCGGCCCCGUGGCUCAGUGCAGAAGUCUCUCUACUUCAAGCGGAGAUACCUACGGCGACGGUCUCUACCAUCCAGAAGAUCAACAAGCUGAUCCGCACCAUGAAUGACACUGCCGACGUGGUCAUGCUCAUCCCGGCCAUCGAGCAGAUCGCUGUGGUUGGCUGGGGCGAUGCUGCCUGGGCCGCUCGUAUCACUGGCGAGUCCCAGGGUGGCGAGAUGAUCGUGCUGGCACCACUGUCUUUCCUGAGUGGCUCGACAGAGACGGUAGCGCCUAUCUCAUGGAGAUCAUGCAAACUACCGCGAGUGGCCAGAAGCAGUACGAGUGCGGAGGUUCAGAUGAUGACAGAGACCCUCGACGAGAUCAGCUACGUGCGCCUGUUCAUCUACGAGCUGGAGUGCGGCCAAGUGGACUACACCAACAAGCAGCACGUGAACGACGCCAUCUCAUCCUGCCCUGGCGUACUGGUCACAGACGGUAAGUCGGGCUACGACGCGAUCGAGAAGAGCGAGUCAGCUGGUCUCGGCCUACGCGAUAAGCGGACGAGCAUCGAGUGUCUAGGCAUUCGACAGCAGAAGGAGCAGACGGCCCUCCAGAUACGCUGGGUCCACAGCGAUGCCAUGCUAGCCGACGGCCUCACCGAGGAUCGAGCCGCCAAGGUCUUGCUGGAGUUCUUCCGGUCAGGUCAGCGCUGGAGACUCGUGGACGACCCCCUGCACCGCAGUGCUAGGAAGCGCAAGACCGAGGGCAUGGACAAGCUGGACCACGGCAAGCCGUUAUCAGCAGAUGACGAUGAAGCUAUGCUGGAGGCCCUGAUCUACUUCGCUCGCGACAAUCCCUACGAGCAGGAGACCCCUGCCGGAGAUAUAGCCCUUUGGGGCACUGUGAAGCCUCUCACGCGCUCUGUGCUUUCUGUGAAUUCAGUUGCCAGAGGCAGGUCUCGAUGCCGUAACAUCGAUCUUUAG